UCCAGAAUAUUUUGAUUCUCAGUAAUGUAUUAGAGCUUCAACAAAUAGUUUUUACUUUUAAGUUUUAUCCAAUACCGAUUAUUAUUUUCAACUUAGGGCUUCAUUUUCUAGCUAGUAACUUGGUGAUAAAUCACUUGUCACACAAGUAGUGCUGCUUGAAGGAAUGUCUAUGUAGUGGAGAAAAGACGAGUAUGGCGACUGUUUUAAAUCCCACUGAACUCGGACUGGCUCAAAUUAAGAGUGAGCCCCCCGACUCGGAAUUCUGUGAUGCUUCAUCGCUGAGCCCCGUCCUUGGAGUAAAGGAAGAAUUGGUACCUGAGAGCCAAGAGUGCAUCAGUCAACUUGUGAGUCCUCCACCUUCCCUCACUUCUUGUGUCAAAAUGGAGCACAGUUGGUGGCAUUGUGACAACGAAAGCACUGCAAUCCUAAGUAACUCUUCAGAUAGCCAAUCCUCAAGGCAGACUCAACAAUGUCUAAUGUCUCCCGCCAGGUUUCAAAAUACACCCCUUAAUAAUUUUGAACAAUCAACAGAUAAUUGUAAUUUAAGUGUCACGCAUUUAGGAGAUGCCCCCGAAGAGUCUGCGGAUACUCCAUCGAAAUCUUCCCAGUUACCUCAACCUUUGAGUGCCUUCAAAUUUAAAGAGGUUUCUGUAAAGCUUUUCAAUAUCUUCCCUCAUAGAGUUCCGCGGGUUGGCAAAGUUCAAUCUAUGCUCAGGCCGAAAAACACAAUUUCUAAACAAUCAAAAGUUGAUCAACGCUCAAGUGCGUUAAAAUUAAAAAAUGUCUCUGUAAAAAUAGUGGAUAUUUUUCCAUUGGAAGUUCGAGAGUUGGGUAAAGCGCAUUCUAAUAGCAAAACGUGUGCCUGCAUAUUCUGUCGAAGAGAUUACAAAUGUUCCUCUGUGUUAAGGAAUCUAAUGUUUACUGAUAAUUCUAGGUCAAAUGUGAGUGACUUAUCGACAAAAAUGGAAAAAACAUCGCGUAAAUUGGUCAAUGCCAGAGCACUAAAAGAUCGAGCCUCAGUUGAACUUAACGAGCAUUGUCAGAAGUUUGCGGAGGAAGCCACCCGACAUAAUAAUCUGAAGAAGCAUUAUACGAAAAUAUCACACAAUUUUUCUCCGCUUUCAGUUAAAGUAAAAAAGACAGGUACACUGAGCCACCAAAAUAGUGAAUCUUUGAAUGGGACUAAAAAAACUGAAGGAUCUGACAAACGAAAAUUUGCAUGUAAACUAUGCUCCAUGAGUUUCAAAAAAUACACUUCAUUAGAAAAACAUAUGGUAGUUCACAGUAAAGAAAAGCGAUUUGUUUGCGAUUUCUGUCCCAAAAAGUACGUUCAACGAUCCACGGUAAAUUUUCACAUGAGGUUAAAGCAUCUGAGGGAAAACGAUCCUACGAGAGAGGAAAAGUAUAAAUGCAAUUUUUGUGCAGCCAAAUUUGCAACCAGGAGCAAAUUUACAGAACAUGCUAAUUUAAUGCAUCAAGAUAAACGGCCUUUUAGAUGUAACGCUUGUCAGUCUACUUUCCUUCAAAAAUACCUUCUCGUUAAUCAUGUCAAGCUAUGCCAUCUUAAGGAGCGACCAUUCAGUUGUGACUUUUGCGCCAUAACAUACCAGUCUUCUCAUAGGUUGAUGCACCAUUUGGAUACAAUUCAUCACAGGGAAAAUCCUUUCAAAUGUAAUCUUUGCUCAGUCAAAUUUGCUAGAAAGCACCAACUCAAUGCUCACAUUGAAGAAAAGCACCUGACGAAAAAAGUAUAUCGUUGCAACUUGUGCCCCGCAGAGUAUAAGCAAGUAGGCCACUUUAAAGCACAUGUGAAAAUCAAACAUUUAGAAGGAAAAGCCAAUGGUCCUAAUCUAUGUAAAUUGAAUACUGAGGAAAAGGAAAAGAGAAAGAAGGGAGGAGUUCAAAAGGAGGAAGGUUCCAAGGAAAAAAGAAAAAAGGGAAGAGUUCAAAAGGAGGAAGGUUCAAAGGAAAAGAGAAAAAAGGGGAGAGUUCAAAAUGAGGAAGGUUCCAAGGAAAAGAGUAAAAAGGGAAGAGUCCAAAAGGAGGAAGGUUCAAAGGAAAAGAGAAAAAAGGGGAGAGUUCAAAAUGAGGAAGGUUCCAAGGAAAAGAGUAAAAAGGGAAGAGUCCAAAAGGAGGAAGUUUCAAAGAAAACGAGUUACAGAUGCAAAAGCUGUCCUGGAAAAACAUACUCUACUAAAUCUAGUCUCCAAAGACAUGUUCUAGCGGUACAUCUCGGGAUGAGAUAUGGUUGCUACAUGUGCCCAUCAACAUUUCAGGAGAGAUACAAAAUGCACUUUCAUGUAAAGAUGGUACAUUUGAAAGGAAAAUAGUUCUGUUGUGACCUCUUAUCUGCAAUCUUUGGAAAUCCAAGCAAUUUUCACUGUCCCAUUCAUAAGCGACAAAUACAUUCAAGAAAAUUGGAGUCAUCCAGGAAAUUUUUUAGCUGUUUGUUCGAACUUUUUCAAUAUUUAGGUAGGAAGUAAUUUGUACACCUGGAAGUCAAACUGUUGACAUUUUCAACUUCAAAUUAUUUUUGGAGUAAUUUUUCAAAUUCACAAGAGAUCAGAGUUCAUUUUUUAAAAACAUUUGCAGUGCCAUCCCCCUGUAUUUUCAUUUAAAUGCUUAAUUUGAACAGUACACAUGGCAUUCAAAGGUUCACAUGUUACUGAAAGUCCAACAAUUUUCUCAUUGAAUGUGAGAUAUUUCAACAAUGCUCAACAAAAAAAAUUUCCCUGUUUUAUUAAUUUAAAAAACGAGGGCUCUCUCGAAAGCUGAGAGUUUGAUGGUAAAGACUUUUUCGCCGCUUUCGUUUAUUUUUAUUUGUUUUGGAGAAAUUAAAAAGAAAUACUAACUUUACUAAUGCCCCUCAUAAUUGUUUACCCAUAAUUAUUGAGUAUUUUGUGAGGUUGUUUCGAAACAUUACCAUGGAAAGCUUUGGUUUAUUUAUAUAUCGUAUAUUAUUGGCUGAAGUACAAAACCAUGUAUCUGGUGUUUCUAUCUGCUCCUAUUAUAUUUUUUUGAAUAAAAAUAAGGCAACUUCAGGUAUAGCCUGAAAUUUUUUCAGAACACUCUGCUUACAGGAAAAAAAUCAAGGAAGUUUUCGAGAAAUUACAUUGCCUAGUUUUUUAAAGAUGCAGUAAAGUAUGUCAGAAAACCUGUAACAUUGCAAACGGAGGUACAAGGUUUUGUACUUUGGCCAUCGAUAUAUUUAUAUUUAUACUUUCUUAUUUAUGCAUUUGCAGUAUUGAUUUUGUAUGUUUUCAUUUGUUUCUACAAAUGUGUACAGAGUAUUAAAUUUCAACCUGCUGCACUUUUUUGUACCAUUUAAAGAGACCUCGUCACAAUCAGUCUAACUGCAUUUAUCGCUGCCUAAUCUUCCCUCUCUCUUUUUUUCUUAACAGAGAGGUGAACCUCUUACUUCCUUUAAAUUUUCUGUGAAUUUAUUCCGAAUUAUGAAGAAUAUGCUUAUGAAGUUUCAAGUUUCGUUUUUGCUUGGUUUUCUAAUAGAUAAGUGGAUUUGUAGAUAGGCCGAUUAAAUUAUUCCGAUUAAUUUAUUCCGAUUAAAUAUGUCUAUUUUCUCAGCUCUUUCUCACUCUGAAGUGAAUUUUCUUCACACUGAAAGAUGUUGAAGUAAGUAUUAAUUUUUCUCACUUCUAAGCUCUCCCUAAACUAUUUUCUUAAAAUUAGUGUACAGAUGUUGUAAAAAUCACCCAAGUACAAACUAGUAGUAUUAAAUGUCAUUUAAUACAAAAUGAAGUUUAAAGUGACUUCUAAAAGGAAAGAGGAUGAUAAUCUAAUAUUAUAUUGCCUAGUCUCAGAGGAAUUAUUUUUUCUUGGAAGUCGGAAAGUGAACCCAUUUUGUAUAAUUAUUGAAAGCCCCGAGUGAGAGUAGGUAUCCUUAAUUUUAGCAGAGAACAGUUCCUGAAUUUUACAUUUUAUAUUUUUACUCACAGCAAUUAAGCUCUCAUUAAAGAGAUAAUGAUAAGAUUAGUAGAUUUGCCACUAUGCGUAUGACGCAGUCAGAAAUAAUGUCUGAUGAGACCAUCACGUACGGUAAAUAUGUAAAAUGAAGUACAAAUUGUAAUGUAUCCUCAAAUAGAAUAUAUCUACAAUUGUUAAAAGUA